CCCAUAGCUAGCAUUUUCACAAUACGCCUUUCGGCUUUCUUUCAAGGUGAUCUGAACAAGGGCAUCGAUGGAAGCCAGUGCUGGACUCGUUGCAGGGUCUCAUAACCGCAAUGAGCUUGUUGUCAUUCAUGGUCAUGAAGAGCCUAAGGCUUUGAAGGAUCUGAAUGGUCAAGAUUGUGAGAUAUGUGGAGAUGAGAUUGGAGUGACGGUGGAUGGGGACUUGUUUGUGGCGUGCAAUGAGUGUGGUUUUCCGGUUUGUAGGACUUGCUAUGAGUAUGAGAGGCGUGAAGGGACUCAGGUGUGUCCUCAGUGUAAGACGAGGUACAAGCGUCUUAAAGGGAGCCCCCGGGUUGAGGGAGAUGAGGAUGAGGAAGAUGUGGAUGACAUUGAGCAUGAGUUCAACAUCGAAAAUGAACUGAAUAGGAACAAGAAUAUUGCAGAAGCUUUGCUUCAUGGAAAGAUGAGUUAUGGAAGAGGACUCGAAGAUGAUGAUGAUAAUAUCAAUGCUCAGUACCCUCCAGUCAUAGCUGGCCGAUCACGCCAGGUGAGUGGUGAGUUUCCGAUAUCAAGCCAGGCAUAUGGAGAUCAGGGUUUACCUUCUACACUACAUAAACGAGUGCAUCCAUAUGAUCCAGUUUCGGAGCCAGGAAGUGCACGGUGGGAUGAGAAGAAAGAGAAUGGAGGGUGGAAAGACAGAAUGGAUGAUUGGAAAAUGCAGCAGCAAGGCAAUCUUGGGCCACAUGAAGCUGAUGACUUGGGUGACACUGACAUUGCCAUGUUGGAUGAAGCCAGGCAGCCACUCUCAAGGAAAGUUCCGAUUGCAUCCAGCAAGAUCAACCCUUACAGGAUGGUGAUAGUGACCCGGCUUGUUGUUCUAGCUGUGUUCCUCCGUUAUAGAAUCCUUAAUCCAGUGAAUGAUGCAUUCGGACUCUGGCUGACAUCAGUCAUCUGUGAGAUCUGGUUUGCAGUCUCGUGGAUUCUUGAUCAGUUCCCCAAGUGGUUUCCCAUUGAUCGUGAAACUUAUCUGGACCGUCUUUCUCUAAGGUAUGAGAGGGAAGGUGAACCAAACCUGCUGUGUCCGGUAGAUAUCUUUGUCAGUACUGUGGAUCCCUUGAAGGAACCUCCUCUGGUUACAGCCAAUACGGUUCUAUCUAUUUUAGCAAUGGACUACCCAGUUAACAAAAUCUCAUGUUACAUAUCUGAUGAUGGUGCUUCAAUGCUUACCUUUGAAGCGCUAUCAGAAACAGCAGAAUUUGCUCGGAAGUGGGUUCCUUUCUGCAAGAAAUUUUCUAUAGAGCCCCGAGCACCAGAGAUGUACUUCUCACUAAAAAUUGAUUACCUCAAGGACAAGGUCCAGCCAACAUUUGUAAAGGAGCGCAGAGCUAUGAAGAGAGAGUAUGAAGAAUUCAAGAUUCGAAUCAAUGCACAAGUAGCAAAAGCACUGAAAGCUCCUGCAGAGGGGUGGAUCAUGAAAGAUGGAACACCUUGGCCAGGAAACAACACAAAGGAUCAUCCAGGCAUGAUUCAAGUCUUUCUAGGACAAAGUGGAGGCCCUGAUGCAGAAGGAAAUGAGCUUCCUCGCCUUGUUUACGUUUCUCGUGAAAAGAGGCCUGGGUUCCAACAUCACAAAAAAGCUGGUGCUAUGAAUGCACUGGUACGUGUAUCUGCAGUCCUUACAAAUGCUCCCUUCAUGCUUAACUUGGAUUGCGAUCAUUACCUGAACAACAGCAAGGCGGUCCGAGAGGCUAUGUGUUUCUUGAUGGAUCCACAAAUUGGCAGAAAGGUUUGCUAUGUCCAAUUUCCACAAAGAUUCGAUGGGAUAGACAGGAGUGAUAGAUACGCAAACCGAAACACAGUCUUCUUUGAUAUUAACAUGAAAGGUCUGGAUGGAAUACAAGGCCCAGUAUAUGUCGGCACAGGAUGCGUCUUCAGGCGACAAGCUUUAUAUGGUUAUGCACCUCCAAAGGGCCCCAAGCGCCCAAAGAUGGUUAGCUGUGACUGUUGUCCAUGCUUUGGACGUCGCAGAAAGCUUGAAAAAUAUUCUAAAGAUGGCGUGAAUGGAGACAGUAUUCAAGGCUUUAAUGAUGAUAAGGAGCUCCUGAUGUCUGAAAUGAACUUUGAAAAGAAAUUCGGGAAAUCAGCAAUAUUUGUAACUUCGACUUUGAUGGUUGAAGGUGGCGUUCCACCUUCCUCUAGCCCCGCAGCCCUGCUAAAAGAAGCCAUUCAUGUAAUCAGUUGUGGCUAUGAAGAUAAAACUGAAUGGGGUUUGGAGUUGGGUUGGAUCUACGGCUCAAUUACAGAGGAUAUUCUAACAGGGUUCAAAAUGCACUGUCGCGGGUGGAGGUCCAUAUACUGCAUGCCAAAGAGGCCAGCUUUUAAAGGAUCUGCUCCUAUUAACCUGUCAGAUCGUCUUAACCAGGUGCUACGUUGGGCUCUAGGGUCUGUUGAGAUCUUUUUCAGUCGACAUAGCCCUCUAUGGUACGGUCACAAGGGCGGAAAACUUAAAUGGCUAGAGAGGUUUGCUUAUGUCAACACAACUGUCUAUCCGUUCACCUCCAUACCUCUGCUUGCCUACUGUACCCUCCCUGCUAUCUGCCUCCUCACAGGAAAAUUUAUUAUGCCAGAGAUAAGCACUUUUGCAAGUCUGUUUUUCAUAGCUCUGUUUCUCUCGAUCUUUACGACUGGCAUCCUUGAGCUAAGGUGGAGUGGAGUGAGCAUUGAGGAGUGGUGGAGGAAUGAACAGUUUUGGGUAAUAGGUGGUGUGUCUGCACAUCUCUUUGCUGUUGUACAGGGGCUUCUGAAGAUAUUGGCGGGAAUUGAUACCAACUUUACUGUAACAUCGAAAGCAUCUGACGAUGAGGAUUUUGGGGAGCUAUACGCUUUUAAGUGGACUACCCUCCUUAUCCCUCCAACCACUCUUCUAGUCAUUAACCUAGUUGGAGUUGUAGCUGGAAUUUCUGAUGCCAUAAACAAUGGAUCCCAAUCAUGGGGUCCUUUAUUUGGAAAGCUCUUCUUCGCCUUUUGGGUGAUUGUACAUCUCUACCCAUUCCUAAAAGGUCUCAUGGGUAAACAGAACAGGACACCUACAAUUGUCAUAAUAUGGUCUGUGCUAUUGGCUUCUAUUUUCUCUUUGCUUUGGGUCCGUAUUGAUCCAUUUGUGUUAAAGACGAAGGGACCUGAUGUUAAGCAAUGCGGAAUCAACUGCUGAUUUAUUGGCUUUUGUCCUCUGAAGAUCAUGAAAUCAUCAAAAACAGGGUUGCAGAAGGAAUAAAUCCAAACUGAAAUGUAAUGUUUUGAUAAGUGAUUUUCCUGUCAGUUUUGUAUGUGAAUAGGAAGUUACAUUGCGAAAUUUGUAAGAGUAAUUCUACAUGGUUUGGAAAUGUAUUGAACUCUUUGGCUA